CUUAAAAUGGCUUUGAACUUCCUCUCAUACGACGAUGACUUUUGUGGAUAUUGCGGCGCCAUCUUGGAACUACCGGCACAGGCUCCAGCGACGGUCUCCUGCAAAGUAUGCUCAACUCGAUGGGCUGUGAAAGAAAGAGUAGAUCAAGUGGUUAGCCGUGUCGAAAAGAUCUACGAACGAACGGUUGCUGAUACAGAUGGAAUUGAAAAUGACGAGUCAGCGGAUGCUGUUGUUGAUCAUAUUUGCACAAAGUGCGGUCACUCAAAGGCAUCAUAUUCUACUAUGCAAACGAGAUCUGCAGAUGAAGGACAAACAGUAUUCUAUACAUGCCUGAAAUGCAAGAAGAAGGAUAUCGAAUAUUCUUGAUAACCUUUCGAGUCUUUAUUUUUCAAAUCAGAUUUUUAUUUCUGUUGUUAUAUAUUGUUGAAUUUUUGUUUUUGUUUCCUGAAUAUUCCAUUAAGUUUCUUUUUA